AUGAAUUCAUCUCAGAUAUAUUUCCUAUUGUUAUUCUUUAUCGUAUUCUGCGAGUUAUCAGCAAAAUCGAUUAAUAAAGAAAUUUUUUCUUCAAGCGAAAUUGCUACACCUGAUUUAAUCGACAGUUUCAUUGCCCGAACAAAAGCCGCCGGAACGAAUCAUCACCAUCGAACUCAUAGACGGCAUAGGGCGAUGUUCAAAAGAAAUGGAUCGGUUGGUAUCGAUGAAAAUGGACGAGAAUAUAUUAACUGUCGCAAAAGUAUCAACAAGAAUUAUGCUAUCACGAAACGAUGCUACCGACCAACGAAUUCGAAUGAUAUGGAACUGGGAUGUUACGCUGUUUGGGAUGAAAAGAACGCUAUCCUGCAGCAAGACUGCUGGAUCCAGCAAACAAUUUCAAUGAGUAAUUGUGGCGUUGGUAAAUGUACGGCGAAAAAGAGUAGUUUCUGUUGUUGUUUCGGACAUAAUUGCAACGAUCGAAUCGAAUUAUCGAAUAGAUCACUCGACAACUUAUAA